CCAUCUGACGAUCGUGUCGACGAGAUUAUCGAACGUACUGCUAAAUUUUUAAAUUCUAGCACCGAUAGUCAGAUGGAAAUUGUUAUUCAGGCUAAACAAGCCAACAAUCCAAAAUUCUCCUUUCUGAAUAAAGAUGAUCCUUUAUAUCCUUAUUACAAACAUGUGCGUUUGUUGUUACAAACCGGUCUCUUUUCUUAUGAAGAUAGUGAUAAAGAAGAUAACAGCACGUUUGGCAAUAAGGCUUAUAAGAACCUUGGAAAAAAUAUUACUAAACAAUAUAAAGGUGACAGUUUAAAAUCACGCAAAGAUAACGAUAAUGAUCUCUUGAAAUCUACUGAUUUCAAAGGAGCGAACCACGAACUAAAUUCCUCUGGUGUUAAUUCUGAGGAUUCUUCUAAAUCUUCAAAGUCUCAAUCUCAACCUAUUGGCCCUGUUAU